UAAACUUAGUAAUAUUACACAAUUUAAUAAACUCAUGGGGCAAAUUACACAAUUUUUUAAGACAAAUAACGAAUUUUAUAAAUUACGCCUUAGAUAAAAUGGCGGGUCCGGACUUCAACCAAAGCCGGUCCAUCCCGGUUCUUUAUCUCUUUUCUCGGUUUGUCUUGUUCGACCAUCAACAUGCUACACACACUGCUCAAAGUUUCUCCAUUUUUUUCCGAUCUCCACCUACAAGAUCGAGAUUACACUCCUUCCAUUGAAUAUCCUCAAAUUCCUAAUUGAUUUGGUUGUGAAAUCUUCUUUUCAUUUGGCAUGCUUUAACCUGUAGGACGCCACACCCACGCGGCAGAUCUUAAAAAAAAGUGAUGGAUUCGCCGCCUUCCCAAUCGCCGGGAAGGUCACCGGAAUCUCCGAUCGGAAAUUCCAAGAGACCGUAUGGUUACAAUAAGACAUCAUCGUUGUCCAAAUCAAUCUCAGAUGCCAGCAGCCAGAGCUUCUCCUCCAUCCUCAACAACCCUAACCCUUCGUCCUCCGUCGUCGGCUGGUGGUCCUCUUCCGCCGCCGUUCCGGUACCCGAGUUCGCUCCCCUGCCGCCGCCGCCUAAACCCGGAUCUGAAAUUACCCGAUCCGAUUUUGUGCCGUACGUAUCCUCCGUCUCGGAUUCUCACUCCCGCUUCGUGGACAUCCUCAGGCAGCACGAUAGGGACCACCAGGGUCAGGACGGUCCUUUCUCCGGGGGAUCCGCCGGAGAGGCGUUGGUGGCGUGCUUGAGGGAGGUCCCCGCGCUGUAUUUCAAAGAGGAUUUCCAGUUGGAGGACGGUGCCACGUUCAGAGCGGCUUGCCCCUUCCGGACAAUGUCGGAGAAUGUUGCAUUGCAGGAGAGAUUGUCGCAGUAUUUGGAUGUAGUGGAGCUGCAUUUGGUCAGGGAAAUUUCACUAAGGUCUAGCUCAUUUUUUGAGGCACAGGUGCAGUUGGAGGAUUUAAGCGCUAAAAUUGUCCAAGGAUGCGGGAGGGUUAGGGAGCUGAAGGAGACAAUCAGGCUUCUAGACUCGGAUUUGGUGGGUUCUGCUAGGAAGGUGCAGGAGCUAAGCAUGAAGAGGGGGGAUCUGUUUGGAUUGCAGAACAAGUUGCGUCUCGUGCUGUCUGUCAAUCAGGCCGUCUCCACUCUUCAGUUACUUGUUGCAUCUGCGGAUUGUCUUGGAGCUCUUGACAUUAUUGAUGACCUGCAGCAUAUAAUGGGUGGCGAUGAACUGAUUGGCUUACAUUGUUUUCGUCAUCUCGGUGAUCAUGUAACAUCUUCUGUAGAGUCAAUCAACAGCAUUCUUUCAGCAGAAUUUAUUCGUGCAUCACUGCGUGAUGCUGGAAAUAUGGAUUCAUCAGGGCUUACCUUAACCUCAAAUGGAAGAUAUGAUGAAGUUAGACUGGAAGAAGAGAGAACGUCCAAUUUUCAUGAUCAGCUUCUCCCUCUCAUCAUUGGAUUGCUUAGAACUGGAAAAUUACCAGCUGUAUUGAGAUUAUAUCGUGAUACACUUGCAUCUGAUAUAAAGACAUCUGUCAAGGUGACGGUUUUGAAUAUGCCACUCGAUUCGGAUUCUAUAUCUGGAGAGGGGAUUGCAGAUGCUGAUGGUGGAGGCUCAUCACUAGGAAGCAAGUUGAAAAGUCUUUCACCUGAUAGCUUUUUGAAACUUUUGGAAGAAAUAUUCAAGAUAGUGCAGACACGCUUAUUGCGGGCUUCUGAAGUUAAACGAGCAAUUGAGUGGAUCAUGGGCAAUCUCAAUGGUCACUAUGCUGCUGCUUCUGUUGCUGCUGCCAUUGCACAUGGAGCAGCGGCUCCUGAAACAGCUCAAGAGGCUGAUGGUCAUGCCAGUUCCUUUUCACCAGAUUCAUCCCAAAAUGCUACUCGAGUGACUUCUAUCCAGGGGAGAGGAUAUGACACUGCAACCACAAAUCUUUCGAGAAAUUUCCGAGCUGAUAUUUUAAGAGAGAAUGCCGAAGCUCUUUUUGCAGCAUGUGAUGCUGCUCAUGGAAGGUGGGCAAAAAUUGUUGGAAUCCGUUCUCAAAUUCACCCAAAACUGAAGUUGCAGGAAUUUCUAGGUGUUUAUAACAUUAGCCAGGAAUUUAUUAGUUCAACAGAGAAGAUAGGCGGAAGAUUGGGAUACAGCAUUCGUGGAACAUUACAAUCACAAGCUAAAUCCUUCAUUGAAUUCCAGCAUGAAUCUCGAAUGGCUAAGAUGCGGGCUCUACUUGACCAAGAAAAUUGGGCUGAAAUAGAUGUACCAGACGAGUUUCAAGCUAUCGUCAAUUCACUGUGUUCUUCAGAUUCUGUGGCUGCUGGGGAGAGCAAUGCUGUUUCCGAGGACACUGCAUCAACUUCUGAUGUGGUACCAAGCAGCGAUGGUUCCUCCAUGAUAGAUGCUGUUCCAUCAAAUCAGUCUCAGAGUAUUGAACAGCCUGAUUCUAACGGGAAUACUGAUUAUAUACCAAACUCUGAAUCAUCACGUGUUGGAGCUGCAGCUGAUAGUGGCAGUUCUGAUGUUAGUACGUCCUCUCAUGGAAACAAUGCCAGUGUGAAAGACCGUGGAAAGUCUGGACUCCGGAUGCUUUAUUUUAGAGGAGUUGGAUAUCACAUGGUAAACUGUGGCUUAUAUUUGGUGAAAAUGUUGUCGGAGUACAUAGAUAUGAGUAAUUUUUUGCCAACACUAUCUGCGGAAGUGGUUCAUCGUGUUGCCGAGAUCUUGAAACUAUUUAAUUCAAGGACUGCGCAUCUUGUCCUUGGAGCGAAUGCCUUACAGGUGUCUGGUUUGAGAUCAAUCACUGCUAGACACUUGGCUAUGGCGAGCCAGGUGAUAAGUUUCACCUUUGCAGUCAUACCUGAAAUUAGGAGAAUUCUCUUGUUUAAAGUUCCGGAGACCUAUAAACCACUUUUGCAGUCAGAGAUCGAUCGAGUAGCAACUGAUUACAAAAAUCACCGGGAUGAGAUUCAUUCCAAGCUGGUUCAGAUAAUGAGAGAACGAUUGUUGGUUCAUCUGAGAAGCUUGCCCCAAAUUGUUGAGGGUUGGAAUAGGUCAGAGGAUAAUGAUUUACAGCCUAGUCAGUUUGCUCGCUCACUUACCAAGGAAGUUGGAUAUCUUCUACGUACGUUAACCAAACACUUACUUGAAGAGGAUGUUCAAGCUAUUUUUGGGCAAGUUGUUGUAAUUAUGCACUCUCAAAUUCAUGAUGCAUAUUCACGGUUGGAGUUGACCUCUCCACAAGCUAAACGCAGUCUUCGCUGUGAUAUUAUGCAUUUACUUGGAUGCAUCAGAUCAUUACCUUGUGAUAGUUCGGGUAAAUCUGAUCAUCCCCCAAACUGGGGACAACUCGAUGAAUUCCUUGAACAAAAUUUUGGCUCUGAAUUGGGCGAAUAGAUUCUUUUUCACCAAAGAAGAUAACUGCUGUAAUUGGUUAAAGACUGACUAUACUCAAAAGACUCAUAUUGUACACAUACAUGUCAUCAAGCGGUAUCAUCCAUCAAUGAGAUUCAAUUGCUGAGGAUUACAGAGUCGUAUAUCAGUCUAAUACACUGUUUAAAAUUGUCCAAGUCAUGAUGCAAACAGGACUAGGUUUGAGGAUAUUCUUUCCUGUAGCAGAUCCUGUAUUAUUUAUCUCUGUUCGAAUUUUUUGAUUCGCGAAAAUAAGUAGAAAAUUGUGCGUUUGCUGGUCUCGCCUCUGGCUUUCAUGCUCGUGGAUAUCUUUUGUAUUGUUAAAUAUAUAGUCCAACGAGUAUUUUGGGUGUUCAUUUCUGAGAUGCGGCCUACAAUUUCAAUUUCAAUUUCAAAUCUGAGUUUGUGUGUUGAAUAUGUUAUUAAGUUUGAGCAUCUUAUUGGGACAUUUUGCAAUGUGCAAAUGUUUUUUAGCUCAUUUUUCACCGUUGGUGCCUGGUGUGCAUGCUUGGUAGCUUUUUCUCUUCG